CACGCUGUCCGUGAGUGGCCCGGCUCCGCGCCCGCCGUCUCGCCCUCCCUCGCUCCAUCGCCCCCCGGAGGCGGAGCGGGCCCGGGGCCGCGGCCGCGGCCGGGGCCGGCGCGGAGGCCCGAGGCCGGGGCUGCACCAUGUCGGACACCCGCCGGCGGGUGAAGGUCUACACGCUCAACGAGGAUCGGCAAUGGGACGACAGGGGCACGGGGCACGUCUCCUCCACCUACGUGGAGCGGCUCAAGGGGAUGUCGCUGCUGGUGCGCGCCGAGUCGGACGGUUCACUACUGUUAGAAUCGAAGAUAAAUCCAAAUACUGCAUAUCAAAAACAACAGGACACCUUGAUUGUUUGGUCAGAAGCAGAGAAUUAUGAUCUAGCACUGAGUUUUCAAGAAAAAGCUGGCUGUGAUGAAAUUUGGGAAAAAAUCUGCCAGGUUCAAGGUAAGGAUCCUUCAGUGGAAGUCACACAGGACCUUAUCGAGUCAGAAGAGGAGCACAUAGAAGAAAUGCCUGAAACUAGUCCUUUGAUCGACCUUCCUACUUGUGAACUCAACAAACUUGAAGAGAUUGCUGACCUAGUUACCUCUGUUCUCUCCUCACCCAUCCGUAGAGAAAAGUUAGCACUGGCCUUGGAGAAUGAAGGCUACAUUAAAAAACUCUUGCAGCUUUUCCAAGUCUGUGAGAAUUUAGAGAACACAGAAGGCUUACAUCAUUUGUAUGAAAUUAUUAGAGGAAUUUUGUUCCUCAAUAAAGCAACUCUGUUUGAGGUGAUGUUUUCUGAUGAGUGUAUUAUGGAUGUUGUUGGAUGCCUUGAGUAUGAUCCUUCUUUGGCUCAGCCAAAACGGCACAGGGAGUUCUUGACCAAAACAGCAAAAUUUAAGGAGGUUAUACCUAUAACAGACUCUGAACUCAGGCAAAAAAUCCACCAGACUUACAGGGUACAGUAUAUUCAGGACAUCAUCUUGCCGACACCAUCUGUUUUUGAAGAGAAUUUUCUUUCUACCCUCACUUCCUUUAUUUUCUUCAACAAAGUUGAGAUUGUCAGUAUGUUGCAGGAAGAUGAGAAAUUUUUGUCUGAAGUUUUUGCACAAUUAACAGAUGAAGCUACAGAUGAUGAUAAACGAUGUGAACUGGUUAACUUUUUCAAGGAAUUCUGCGCAUUUUCUCAGACGUUACAACCUCAGAACAGAGAUGCAUUUUUCAAAACUUUGGCAAAGUUGGGAAUCCUUCCCGCUCUUGAAAUUGUAAUGGGAAUGGACGAUUUGCAAGUUAGAUCUGCUGCUACAGAUAUAUUUUCUUAUCUAGUAGAGUUUAGUCCAUCCAUGGUCCGAGAAUUUGUAAUGCAAGAGGCCCAACAGAGUGAUGAUGAUAUCCUCCUCAUCAAUGUGGUCAUUGAGCAGAUGAUCUGCGAUACCGAUCCUGAACUUGGGGGAGCUGUUCAGUUAAUGGGGCUCUUGCGUACUCUGAUAGAUCCAGAGAAUAUGUUGGCCACAGCUAAUGUAAGAAAAUACAAAGGGAAAACAGAAAAAAGUGAAUUUCUCAAUUUCUUCUACAACCAUUGUAUGCAUGUUCUUACUGCACCACUUCUGGCUAAUACAUCAGAAGAUAAAUGUGAAAAAGAUGCAGUAGUUGGGUCUACUAAGAGUAAUACAAUUUGUCCUGAUAAUUAUCAAACGGCACAACUACUUGCCUUAAUUUUGGAGCUGCUUACUUUCUGUGUGGAACACCACACAUACCACAUCAAGAACUAUAUUAUGAACAAAGAUUUGUUAAGAAGAGUAUUGGUCUUGAUGAAUUCAAAACACACCUUUUUGGCCUUGUGUGCUCUUCGCUUUAUGAGGAGGAUAAUUGGCCUAAAAGAUGAAUUUUAUAACCGUUAUAUCACCAAGGGAAACCUGUUUGAACCAGUUAUAAAUGCUCUUUUGGAUAAUGGAACUAGGUACAAUCUGCUCAACUCUGCUGUGAUUGAACUAUUUGAAUUCAUCAGAGUGGAAGAUAUCAAGUCACUUAUUGCACAUAUAGUUGAAAACUUUUAUAAUGCACUUGAAUCUAUCGAAUAUGUUCAGACAUUCAAGGGAUUGAAGACAAAAUAUGAGCAAGAAAAAGACCGACAAAACCAGAAACUGAACAGUGUUCCAUCUAUAUUGCGUAGCAAUAGAUUUCGCAGAGAUGCAAGAGCCUUAGAGGAAGAUGAAGAAAUGUGGUUCAAUGAAGAUGAAGAGGAAGAAGGUGAAGCUGUUGUACCUCCAGUUGAGAAAUCAAAACCAGAGGAUGAUUUUCCAGAUAGCUAUGAAAAAUUUAUGGAAACUAAGAAAGCUAAAGAGAGUGAAGACAAAGAGAAUCUUCCAAAAAGGACUUCAGCUGGGGGAUUCAAAUUCACUUUUUCCCACUCUGCCAGCGCAGCUAAUGGCGCAAACAGUGCAAACAGUAAAUCUGUGGCAGCUCAGACAUCACCAGCAAGCUCCAAUGGCUCCUCUUCCAAGAAUGCAACCCUGACCACAGCCGUGACAGCCACGAAGGGAAGUCUAGUUGGCUUAGUGGAUUAUCCUGAUGAUGAAGAUGAUGAUGAAGAGGAGGAGACAUCUCCAAGGAAAAGACCUCGUCUGGGUUCAUAAAAGAAACCAAAACUUUGGAAUAAACUUUUAUUACGGGGUUUCAAAUGCUGCAACUGUUUCAAGAGCUAAAAAGAAUCUGAUUCAGAAAGCUUUUUCCCAUGAGUAUUUAAGAUAAUACAAGGAGUAGCAAAAGAAACUCAGUAUAUCAGCUAGAAAGGGUUAGUUCUGUAAACACAAGGCAUCCAAGGAACUUGAUAUCUUUCUAGUAAAUAAGGAGUCUGCCAUUCAGGCUGCAAAAUAAAUUUUAAAAAUUAAAAAAAAGGGGGGGGGGGGGUAGUAUUCAGAACCUGGAUGAUGGCUUCUCAGCAAGGAAAGUCUCAGGUUUUGGGAGGGCAUGGGGAGGGAAAUGUAUGGUAAACAGUUUUUUAAAUAUUGCAGGGUUUCCCCAGUGUUUAACAGAACUAGGAAAAAGUGUCAAGCUUAAAUUUUGAACCCAGUAAUCUUAAUUUUGUAAUGGUGCUGUCAGUUGUGUUCUUUUAGCAAUGCCUCUUUUAAAAAAAAUUUUUAAGGGAAAACUAAUUGUAUUUGCAUAAGAACAAUCCAGAUUUUGGGACCAUUAUUACAAAUUAAACCAUAUUUCUCAUGGUUGGAGGGAGGAACACUGCAGUUACAGUGCAUGUUGCAUUGUUUAAAGCAAUUAAAAAUAAAUUUUAAUUUGUAUUUUUCAAGAGGAGAAAAAGGAAGCUGGAUUCAAAAUGGACAGUUUUGCUUGUUUUUUCAAUUAGAUAUCCAAUAAUAUCUAUGCCAAGGAACGAUAGCUUCCAAAAUACCUCUAGGAACUGCUUGUGUCAAACUCGUGCUUUGAACUGCACACCCGUACAGCUGUCAUUUUCAUUUUAUGGAUGAUACAGAAUUGAAUCAUUUUCUGCUUUGUUAAAUUGAGCUGUCUCCUCUCUGAGCAGCAAGUGUAUUUUCAUAUUUGCAAGUUUAAAUUGUAUAAUUGAGGUGGUAAUAAGAAACACUAACAGGUUUUUCAUAGGGAUGAAUUUAGCGGCAUUUAACACCAAAGUCAUUUUGGACCAAGAUGGAAUUAUUACUAACAAGACACCAGUCUUUGAGGCAGAAUCAACAAGCAGCACCUGAAUCUGGGUGUAACAUGAAAGCUGCUUUUUUAAAAGAUAAAAGCACAUUCCAUGUAGGUAAGCAAAUGGCAACAAAAAUAGGUGAAAUGAUAGAGGCAAACAGGCUAGGUUUUAUUUUCAAGAGCAGCAAGUGAACUGUAAAUACUUUAAUGUUAGUUUGCCCAUAUGUGAUCUGAGAUCAUGAAGUGAGAGGAAAUUUCCCAACAACAAUUAAUGUGUCAGAAAUGUUAAAAUACAAAACCAGCUGCAAUCCACCACAUAGAUCACUCUUGUAAUAUGUGUUAUGGGUCCAUUUCUCCUGGAAUAGUUUAAACUGAAGCAGUUUCUCUGUUUUGGAGAUUUUGUAGUUAAUUUUAAUUUUAGCUAUUGUUUGGAAAAAGAUGGGCUGUCUGUGUAGAUAUGAAGUAUAGUUUUUUCCAUAAAACAGAAGUUUAUUUUGUAUUAAAAAUACCACUGUACUUGUUUUACACCAUUUGUAUACAUGUGGUGAUAUUAAUGCUGAACUGUAAAAUUCAGGAAUUAAAAUGUGACCCUGUAAUUCCAUAAUUAUUGCUCUUGUUUGGUUUGUUGUACAUGGUAAGUUAACUCAAAAUUUUAAGUGUGGCCAUUUUAGAAUAUUCUUUAAGACUAGUUAUCCAUGCAAUUUUAAAAUAAUUAUAUACCAUUAGAUCAAAUACCCAACAGAAUGCCUGAUUUCUUACCAGCUAGUAAGCGAGACACAAAGCAUUCUGAUGGAUGACAGUUCAUGUGAGUGGACCUGGGGAAAAUGAUGUUGCCCUUUGUGGGCUCCAGGCAACCAAGAAUGGGACUCCUUAUUUUACCUGUGCGAUGAAAACACCCUGUAAACUCUUAGCGCAGUGACUGAGGAGGUAUUUUGCUGGUAAAGUGUAGUUGCUAUGUCAUCACCAUAUGCUCACUCCCUUGCUGAUGAUCAUCUGUGGUCUUUUGCCUUUUUUGGCUUUUUUUUCCCCCUCUGAUGAGUCUUCUCUCCAUCAGUAAAAAUGAUUAACUUCCUACAAUGCCAUACGUGCUACUCAAGCAGCUCAAAGUUACGCAGUAUGUGCCUUUACUAACCUGAGAAAAUCAUGUUACCUGGUCUGUUGACCUUGGUGCUCCCAACUCUCCCUUUAAGAGCUACCCAAAAUAAGUUCUCUGAUGGUCUCUGACAGAAGUGUGUUAGUUCUUGUUUGAUUCCCUCCCCGCCCCGCCAUGAUCCCCAGUUCUCUUUUCUGAAGUACUGUCAGAAGCUUUAAAAUACAUUCAAACCAGCUUGUCUUUUUUCUACAGCAAAAACAAGAAUGUCAUGAAUUUUUAUAGUUACUAGAAAAAGAUUGUAUGAAAUGGCAUUAGAUGUCAAGUUUGAUUUUUAUUUUAAAUGAAUUUUUAAAAUCCCUGUAGAAGGUGACAUAUGCAGCUCUCUAACUGGCUAAUAUCUUGGGUUGUCGCCUCCCUCAGGCAACCAGAGAUGCUUUUCCCAUCUGACUUGGUAGGUGCUGCCUGGGUUCUGCUAGUGGGCAGUCCACAUUCUCAUGCCUGGGGCCCUUCCACUACCAAUCUUUUUAGAAAAGAAAAGAACAUCUGCCAACAUGUAUCAGUUAUAAAUGCUAUUUUAAUAAAAAGUUACAUGAAACUUGAA